CGGAGAGCUCGCUGUUAAUUGCUUUAUAUAACCAACACCCAAACAACGUUCCUCUCCUCCUCUCCCAUCACAAAAUCAAGUACUCACUCUCAAUACCAAUCAUAACACCACAACACCACAAUGACCGACCCUGUCCUCCAAAUUCCCGAGGUCAUCCAGACGGCUUCGAUCAACCGAAACCCCUCGCCGGACCACGACGUCAACCCGCCGACCGCAGCCUCCGAAAAGCAGCCCGUGGUGGACGAUGCUCCCUCCGAAGCUGGCAGCAUCCCGUCCGACAUCGUCGACCCUCGCCAUAUGGUCAGACCGGCCACCCGGCGCCAUAAUUUCCCCCCACUGCCCGACCUGCGCUUCGAACAGAGCUAUCUCGCCAGCCUGCGUGGCGCCGAUACCUGGGGAAGAGUUGCGUGGAUCACCAUCAGAGACCAGGUCCUCCUUCCUCUGAUGCAGGGUACGCUCUGGACUCUGGCCCUCUCCGGCUGGCGCUUCUGGAACCGCAAUGCCUCCCUCAGCGGACAGACCCUGGGCAGCAGAAUCCGUCGAUGGUGGUACGAGGUCAACAACUGGAAGCUCCCUCCUUUGGGCUCUGCCAGAGAUCCUCGGGUGGCUGCCAAGGUAGAUGACUUCUACACGGCCCAGUUCUCGAAUGCCGUCUAAACGAUUCUGGUGCACUCUGAAUGCGACCGAGUUGCUAAAAGACUGCUUAUGUUCAUUUGGAGGGGGGGGGGGUUCUUUUUGCAUUUCGGGUGUUUAGCG